CCUCAGCCCAGCCUGGUCCAGCCCAGUUCCCGGGAGGAUGAAGUUGGUGUAUAAAGAGAAGCAUCCUUUUGAGAAGCGCCGCUCUGAGGGCGAGAAGAUCCGAAAGAAAUACCCUGACUGGGUCCCGGUGAGAGUAGAAAAGCCUCCCAAAGCUUGGAUAGGAGACCUGGACAAAAAGAAAUAUCUGGUGCCUUCUGAUCUUACAGUUGGUCAGUUCUACUUCUUGAUCCAGAAGCGAAUUCAUCUCCGAGCUGAGGAUGCCUUGUUUUUCUUUGUCAACAAUGUCAUUCCACCCACCAGUGCCAGGAUGGGUCAGCUAUUUGGCCUGGCUACCCUCACUUCAGACCACUCUUUGGAAGCUCUGAUAAUGAUCAGAUCCUCAGACAACCACAGCCCCACAGCCAGCAAUGACUGCACCCAUCCCAACCACCAGCAGGCCAGCACCCAGCUGGUCCACAGCCUUGGUCACCAGCAGGCUAACACAAGCUUCAGGACAACAUGGACCACCAUAGCUAGCUGUUCAGGAACUACCCCAAAACACCAGCAAUCCAACACCAUCUCUGAGAUCCCUGGGCCCUGCAACCAGACUCCAAGAUCUAGUUCUGCCAGCCAAUGUGCCAGCACGAGCCUCAGGACCCGGCUUCACCCACUGGUAAGCAGGUACCAGAUCCAGGAUCUUCUGGACCCAACUCUGCCUACCAGUGAGCCAGCACGAGCUCCAGGGACCCCUCAUGACCCUGGCCCACCAACCAGUGACCAGCAGCCUCCACACAAGGCAUGGCUUGGCAACCAACGAAACUGGAGGCCAGCUCCACCUGUCAGACCACCUGCUAUACAGUGCCUGGGAGGCAUGGUGACGUAUACUGAAAGUGACCUUCAGUUUACUCAUAUCAUCUUGACACAAGUUCCACUGGAGUCCAAAGGAUUAGGCAAUGGGCAUGAGUGCAGUACUCCAGCCCUACUCAGGGGUCAGAGCUCACAGCCAGCCUCCUCACAAGAGGUCACUGUGGCUGGCUGCUCCCGGGCAGCUCAGGCUGAAGCUUGCUUGCUGUGUACCUGGCACAUUGAUGUUGAGUGCCUUGGAUUUAAAGGUGAAAAUAAUGCAGGUUCUUCUGAGAGCAGUUCAGGGAGACCUAGGACAGCAAAGCCCACUUACCUACGCCAGAAAGUACUGAGAGCCCAGGCCAGACACAGAGACAACUGGGACACAGGAGAGAGCUUCUCAGGAGGUAAACUUUGA